UGUGUGUAGUAUGUUGCAAUAACUGCUACUUUUUAUUGUCGUGACUCUACACACCGAUUAAGUAUAGGCUAGCAGAAUGUUCAUUGAACUGUUACAGUAUGAUUGACCCUCCAUUCAAGACGAGAGACAAAGUGGCACAUCCAGUUGGAGCAAUAGUCCUUUUUCAAUUUCAAUAAGAAUUUAAUCCAGAAGAGAGUUUCAGUAGGGUUGCCCACUCUCACGCAUCUGGCUGGCAUGAGACCCAUGCUUUCAGCCUCAAUCUCACGCUCCCUCAAUAAAUUUCCCAAUCCCUCUCGGGUUAUGAGACAGUCUCAAAUCUCACUCAAACCAGAUGACCAAAGUUGGCAACCUUGGUUUCAGUCAAACAGCUUUGUGUGUGUGUGUGUGUGUGUGUGUGUGUGUGUGUGUGUCUGGUUGACAAAUUAGCCUUUCCAACAAGGCAGGUCCUAUUUAGUAUGUGGUGCACAACUUGUUUAUCUCUAAUCAUCAAUUGCGAUUCAGAGCUUCAGUCAUCAUAAUGAACUUAUUAAUUUAGCUGCUGUUUAUGAAUGAUAAAUGAAACAUGAAGCCUACUUCCACUUAUGGUAAAUUUGUGUCAUUAUUAAUUUGUGUUUUAUCUAGUACCUGCCCUGCUGAAAUUUCCAGCAUAAAUCAGCCUAAACUGGUCAAGCUGGGUUAAGGUGUGUUUUUGACACUUUUUUUAAAGCUGGUUUUAGCUGGUCAACCAGCUGUUCACCAGCUGAUCGGCCUAUGGUCAGGUACUCCAACAGUUCGGCCGCCAGUUUAUUCUACCAGCUUAACUAGCUUUGACCAGCCACGACCCAGCUCUGGCCAGCCAAAAGUGUCGAAUAUACUGUUUAAAUCACCUUAGAGUCCCAGAUGGUUUCAGAUGGCAUUUUCAGCAAUGUUAUUGGGUGUUUUUUCAUGAAUCACUGUUAUGCUAAAAAGGGACGUUCUCUGGUUACAUACGGGGUUUUAAUAAUAUGCCACCAAAUAAAAAGGUUACCGCUAUUACCCAGUCAUAGGUAUGAAUCUUUCAAACAUAGUCUGAAGACUCCGACGUAUAAUUUAAAACGGCUAUUUUUUUCUGAGUGUUUAUGGUAGUCUGGAACGUUUGGUGGCGGCGUACGAUUCGCUCUGCUCGACCGUGACUAGAAGCUUUCGGUCGUCGAACAGAAGGAAGGCAACGCACUCCAAGUGCUGCGCGUCAGGGAGGUGGAGAAAGACACCGUUCUGUUUUGAGCAUCUUUUUGCCAUUAUAUUAAAGCUAUAGACAUGGCAAAGGAGGGAGCGUCUAUCACUGAGGAAACUGAACAAAUGAUUGAGAAGAAUGGUAUCAAAGAACAAGAAAGUGUGCUGUCUGCGGUGGACACCAAAGAAAUGAGAGCGGUGGUGUUGACUGGAUUCGGUGGUCUCAACAAACUCCGAGUAACCAAGAAAGCAAUGCCUGAGCCCCAGGAAGGAGAAGUCAAAAUCCGCGUGAAAGCAUGUGGCUUGAACUUUCUAGACCUGAUGGUACGGCAAGGGAAUAUUGAUAAUCCGCCAAAGACUCCACUUGUCCCUGGGUUUGAAUGCGCUGGAAUAGUGGAAGCAAUGGGAGAAAACACAAAAGGAUUUGAGAUAGGGGAUCGGGUAAUGGCCUUUGUGAAUUACAAUGCCUGGGCGGAGGUUGCCUGCACGCCUCUGGAUUUCGUCUACAAGAUCCCUGAUGACAUGACGUUUCCAGAAGCAGCCGCCUUCUCCAUGAACUUUGUGGCUGCCUACAUGAUGCUGUUCGAGGUCGCCAAUCUCAGAGAAGGCAUGUCUGUAUUGGUCCACUCGGCAGGAGGGGGUGUGGGACAGGCAGUUGCUCAACUCUGCUCCACUGUGCCCAACAUCACCGUCUUCGGCACAGCAUCGUCCUUCAAGCACGAGACCAUCAAAGCCUCUGUGACUCACCUCUUUGACAGAAAUGUCGAUUACGUUCAAGAAGUGAAAAAGAUAUCCCCAGAAGGAGUGGACAUUGUGCUGGACUGCUUGUGCGGAGAAAACACAGGGAAGGGGCUAAGCUUGCUGAAGCCCCUGGGAACCUACAUCCUGUACGGUUCAUCAAAUAUGGUGACCGGGGAAACCAAAAGCUUUUUCAGCUUUGCUAAAUCUUGGUGGCAAGUGGAGAAGGUGAACCCUAUCAAACUCUUUGAGGAGAACAAAGUCAUUGCAGGAUUCUCGCUGCUGAACCUGCUUUUCAAACAAGGCAGAGCCAAUGUGGUUAAGACAGUGAUGCAGAAGCUCAUCUCUCUCUAUGAUCAGAAGAAAAUCAGACCCCUGGUGGACUCACUAUGGGCUCUAGAAGAGGUGAAAGAAGCUAUGCAGAGAAUUCAUGACCGUGGAAACAUUGGAAAACUCAUCCUGGAUGUAGAGAAGUCCCCGACUCCCUUGAUGGCCAAUGACAGCACGGAGACGAGCGAGGCAGGCGAGGAAGAGGAGGAACAAGAAGGUGACAGCGACAACAAGGAGCGCACGCCCUUCAUCCCGUAGCGACUGCCGUCUGCAUCGUCCCGGCCGUGGGGUGGAAGGGGCCUCGGGGGAGGGGUGGGCAGUUCCGGGGGACUGUCCCAAGACCUGCCCUGUGCACCGCGAAGAAACACUUUAGUAGCAUGUGUGUGUGAGCGUGUGUGUGAGCGCGUGAGUAUUUGUCGUCAUUCUGUGGCUUGUGUUGCAGAGUGGCACUGCGAUGCCAUUUCCAAUUCCCCGGUGUUUGCAAUAUUAAGAAUAUGUUACAGUUUGUGUUGCCAAAUUGUUGUCACCAGAUGCUUUGUCUUGUUUACAACCUUUCACCCUUGAGCUGGCAAGUGAGUGAGCGAGCAAAUUUGUGAAAGAACGUAAUGAAGUGAGAGAGAAAAGAGAAGGGGCACAUGAGCGUUUGAGUGGGUCUGUGAGUGGCUGUCAGAGGGAGCUGCUGUGCAUUGUUGUCAUCCUUGCGAGAUGAAAGGAGACACAUUCGUCUGUUUCAGUCCUGCUGUGCAGGUCUCUCAGUUUGCUCUCGGGCUGAAGCGAGCGAUUCAUUGCAGGGAUGUAGCCAGUGGUCCGGGGCCCUGUGUAAUUCUACCAGCCCUGUGGCUGCGACUGCAUCAAAUGAUCAUCUGAAUUCACUGCUCUCCCUUCAUGUUACACUAGUGCUGCGGGAGCGGGCUAGUAGUGUGCCUGUUUCCGUCUCCCAGAGUAAUUUCAUUUUCAGUGGGCACUGAAGGGCCGCACCAUGCCUUUGUGCCAGACGUCUGCGGCACAGUUCUGCAGUAAUUACAGCAUUUUUCAUACACACAGAGUGAGGCCACUCGCCAACCUUGCCGCAGACUGAAUCCGUACAGGAUUACCGCCGUUGCCAAGGGAGACGAUAGAAGGAAGAGGUCUGUGUAGUUUGCUUCAGUGACUCCCAGUGCUAACACACCAAGCAACCUAUGGCCUAUCCUCUGUAUAGGAAAACCUGAGAAAAGGAAGGAAAAGCAGAACGGAGGUUUAAUGUGGCUAUUGGUGGGAGGUCUGUGUGGGCUGCAUUCUUUGUUUCUCUUUCUUCUGCACAUCUGUUACUGUAGUCAUGCCCGCUAGUGCCUGUGUAUUGUAUCAGAUGCAAGCAAGUGACUGUGGGCAGGAGGCAGUCAGGGUCAGAUUCAGAUAUUGAUCAACUGACUGGGCAAGAGGCUCAGUUAAGCAUAUUUGAUUGUGUCUGCAGUCUCAACAUCGGCUGUGCUGUAUAAUGAGGCCUUGUCCAAAUACGCUGACAUCGACUCUGAGGAAACCAGAUCUUACCAUUGCAGUAAAGGUGUAUCAAUCUAUGUGUGAUUGAAAUCCGACAAUUUGGGAUAUUCAUUAAUAAAUAUGAUGCCAAUUUACAAGUUAUUUAAAUGACAGAAAACAGAUGAUAAAAUAAGAGAAGCCAGGUAGUGAUUUAUAGGCUUAAUGCGUAAUGGCCCAGUGUCCUUUUUGCAUGAGUACUCAAACAGAGCUAAGCCCUAUUCAUAUGGGAUAUGUUUUACUGGAGGUCCUGUAAUCUAAUUUGACUAAUUAUUUGGGUAAUUGCAGUGUAGCAUUCAUAUGGGAUAUAAGAAUCUCUGUUUUUCGCUGCUUUUCCCAUUCACAUCCAGGAUGUGGUCAGUUUUUCACUCCACUGACCACAUCCCGGAUGUGAAUGGCAUGUACUAUCAUAUAAUGUAGAUGGCAGCUAUGUGAUUUUCCCUGAUUUAUCAGGAAUUCCUACUUUGUGGACAUAACGUUCCCAUUCAUUUCUAAUGGAGAUUCCUAUACACUAUAUAGCGAGUCUUAUUACCUAGUGCAGCUACAUGUGCAAUACAUGUAUUUGCAAGAUUUUCCUCUUCUGUGAGCUUAGAUUUUUUUACUCCCUUAAACCCCAUGUUGGGAUGGUUGAGUGUAUGGAAUUAAAAAAGAGUCAUAUCUGUCCAGCAGUCUUCACAACCGCCUCCAUGUUCCCAACAAGGGAAAUAGCACCAAAAUUUAAAUGAACAAAUUGCAUUUACAGAUGUCUAUUCAUACAGGAGUAGUAUUAUCUAUGGACCUUGGAAAAGGUCCUUAGAUAAGGUAGAUAAUUCGGGCUGAAAUUUUUACUCUCCCGGCCUGUAAGAAUUAUGGAUGUGGACAUUACAGGACGUCCUGGGGUAAAACUAGUCCUGUGUUAAUAGGGCUCAGAUUUCACCCAACAGCUGUUAUUGCAAGUUAACUGUUCUGGAUAUGCCAAACUAUUACAGUGUUUGUAUGCACUCCCUAUCCAAGGAAAAUGACCCCCCGGUGUUUUAUGCAGGUAGAAAUAAAGGUGUCUGCAAAAAUGUUCACAGCAGCUCAUUCACUUCAUGGCAGUUUGCUGCCUCGUCAGUGGACAAUAACAUACUGGGUUUUAAACGUUUCUGUGUCACAUCAAAGCACUUUGAAUCCACAUAAAGGCUUUGCUUUCCAGGAUACAGUGUGUGACUCUGGACCUGUCCUUGAGAAAUAUAUUUUUUUAUUUAGGCCAAAUCAAAUAAUACAGUCUUUCACACUGUGCAUAUAUGUUUCAGCUUUACUGAAAUCUCAUAUCUAUAUAAGCAUCUCUACAUCUAUGAAUCACUGUGUUAAAUGUCACUGUAUUCCACCGCAGUCAUUAUUUUUGUCACAUUUAAAAAUAAUCAAUACAUAAAAGCAGCUCCACAGUCUUUCUGCAAGUGAUAAGCAGAUUUUUUCCCCCCAGUAAUAUUGUGUAUGCAAUUGUGAUUUAAAGGAGCUAAAUGUUUAGCUUUCAAUUUAUUCUUUGGCGUGAGUCACUCCACAGUGAUUUGCUGGUCUUUCUACUAUUUUGAAUGAUGGUUGUGUACAGUAUAUGAUAUACAUGUAAUAAUUGAUGUGCCCAUGCAGAUUAUGUAAAGAUGAAUGGAUCAGCAAAUUGCUAAGCAAGAACUGAUGGCCACAGAAAGAUAGUAUGCCCAGGUAACAAGACUGCAACUUAUGAGUAUUUAUAGCAGCAAUGGCAGUCAUUAUGUCAUAUUUCACAUAGCUAUGCUGAUAAUCAUUUGUUGAACGUUACUUAAAGCAAUUACUUACCAAACUCUUCAAUCAUCAAUCGUUUAUGUAAUCUCAACCAGGUUCAGUGCCAUUUUAACAUAUGAAUAGAUCAAAUGAGCAUGUUUUUCAUCAGCCAUUUACCAUGCAUUAUUUCUGCCACUGAAUUGCUCAAAAAAAUGUCUUUCUUCAACAUGUGAAAUACAAAAAAUUGCAAUCAUUUGCAUUUUCUGUGAAGGCUUUCUGGAUUCUACCUGUAAUGUAUAGCUCUACGUGGUGAGUUAAAAAAACACAGAUGUUUAUGGUCCAUUACACCCUAUGGGAAACACUGUAUGGGAAACUAUGUUGCAUUUUAUGUAUUUGAACAUCGCGCUUCAGCACUGUAUCAUCUUUCAAAAUCAAUCAGCGUGACCUCAGAGAAAUUUCAGAAGAUGUGCGUUUGAAUCUCUUUGCCUGUCCUCAGUAUGUCUCUGUCUGCAGUCUAGACUGACCUACAGUGUAUUUUGUGAGUUCAAUAUGAUAGUGACUUUUCAAUUUGCCUUAAAGAAAUAUGAGUAAAACCCGUGCAUAGAUGUGUUUGUCAGCUCAGCCCGGGUUACAGGCAGAUAUGUUGUUUAACUGUAUUUGUUGGUCUUAGUGCUAUUGUUAUUUUGUGCAAACAAUCCCAGUCAUGUUUCCAUGAAUAAAGUCAGCAGCAGAGCAUUC